UUUGCCCACACAAAAGCUAAUAAAAACCCAAAAGAGACUCAAGAAAACACAAAGAAAAAUAAAAAAUGGAGAAGAUAGAGCACAAGAUGGUAGCUAUAAAUGGCCUAAAUAUGCAUGUUGCUGAAUUAGGCCAAGGACCAACAGUCCUCUUCAUUCAUGGCUUCCCUGAGCUCUGGUACUCAUGGCGCCACCAAAUCGUCUACUUGGCCGAACGAGGCUAUCGGGCUGUAGCGCCUGAUUUAAGGGGUUAUGGAGAUACUACAGGUGCACCCGUUAAAGAUUGUUCGAAGUUCAGUAUCUUUCACCUUGUGGGUGAUCUCAUAGCACUACUUGAAGCCAUUGCUCCAAAUGAAGAUAAGGUGUUUGUUGUUGCACAUGACUGGGGUGCCAUAAUUGCUUGGCAUUUAUGCCUUUUUAGGCCAGAUAAAGUUAAGGCUUUGGUGAAUUUGAGUGUCCAUUUUUUGCGAAGGAACCCAAAGAUGAACACUGUUGAAGGGCUAAAGGCUUUAUAUGGGGAAGAUCAUUAUAUGUGGAGAUUUCAGGUACCAGGAGAAAUUGAAGCUGAAUUUGCUCCAAUUGGUGCUAAGUCUGUUCUUAAGAAAAUGUUGACAUACCGCGAUCCUGGACCAUUUUAUUUUCCUAAAGGCAAAGGCCUUGAGGCUGUCCCUGAUGCUCCGAUUGACCUUUCAUCUUGGCUGUCUGAGGACGAGUUGGAUUACUAUUCCAGCAAGUUUGAGCAGACUGGUUUCACUGGUGGAGUUAACUAUUACCGAGCUUUUCCCCUAAACUGGGAACUCACAGCACCAUGGACAGGGGCUCAAGUUAAAGUUCCUACCAAGUUCAUUGUCGGGGAACUCGACUUGGUCUAUCAUAUACCAGGUGCUAAAGAGUACAUACACAAUGGUGGAUUUAAGAAAGAUGUUCCUUUGUUGGAAGAAGUUGUGGUUUUGGAAGGUGCAGCUCACUUUGUCAACCAAGAAAGGCCAGAUGAGAUUAACAAGCACAUCUAUGACUUCAUUCAAAAGUUCUAAAUUUCUCUUUUCCUUUCAUUUUCUGGAAAAAUAAGAUCUCAUUAAUGUUUCUCCUGUUGCUUAUGAGUAAAGGAGUAGUAAUAAGCCAGAAUAAAUUAAUCGCGUCUGUAGCAUUUUGUGCAAGCAGUGUUGGUUUGUCGUCAUAAUUUGGCAUGUAAGUAGUUUGAAUUUGGAACGUAACGUUGUGAUAGUAAGGCAAAGUAUUCCACCACAAAUUCCAUCCUUGAUCCGACUUAACGACGGAUUAGUGAUGAAUUAUGAGAAAAUUAUGUUAGAUAUGGACUAUUUAACGUCAUAA